UUGUAUGACCUAAGUCGUUCUAGUAAGUCAGUGGCACUUCUUCAUACCUAAAAUCGAAAACAUGAAUUUUACGACCAACGAGAGAUUAAACAGUUUUGAAGAUUUUGACAGUUUAAAUACAAUUAAUUCUCAAGAAGCUUGUAUAUUUUUGAGAAAAAUAAAUUGAUUUUAUGUAGAUUUUCAAGAUCAAAUGUUGACAUUUUGGCAUGUUGGCAGCAGAAGGGAAAUAACUCUUGUUAAUUUGGGUCUACUGAAAACUAUCUAUUAUUAACUUCUUUAUUUUUUAAUUUUGUUUCAACAAGACAUUGUCACAUAUCUUAUAGGGGUGAAACGGUUCACCGUGGUAUUUUUUCUCAGUUUGAUACAGGGUGCAAAACACAGUUUUCUAUAUGACGUUAUCGCGACGUCAUUACAUGAGGGACAAGCAAAACUGACCCCUAUAAAGAAAUGUUGUUAAAAUGUGUUACAUAUAUAUCUAUAUAUCAAAGGAAAGAUAAAAUGAUGAAUUUUGUAAAUAUUAAAAGAUAACACAUUUAUCAAUAAAUAAUAAGGUGUAUUAGACGAUGGAAAUAUGGGGUAAAUAUGGGAGAUAAUGCCCCAAAUUGCUCUACACCCAUUCCUUUUUAGCAUCCCCUAACACAAAAUUGCAACCAAAUCAGCAAUUUCAAGUUCUAAGCAUUUCACAGAGCAAGUCUUAAAGUCUUGUUUUCAUGUUAUUUUAGGGUACAUUCGCCAGCUUUUUAAAGAGCUAUAUUACCUGCUACUCAAGACAUGAAAUCCUGCAAAUGUAAAAUCCGGAUGUUUAUCGAGUUACCUCCCUCUAUAUCAGAGACUCACAAAAUUAAUUUUAAAAACAUUUCUGCAUAUUUUUUACAUCUAUUCUAAAGAUAAGACUAUAUUCUAUGCAACUGAAAAUAAAAAAGAAAUUAUUUCAUGUAUACCGCACAAAAAUAGCAGGAAAAUCCCUACCCAUCAUGCUAUUCACUGGGGAAAACCCCCCUGGAUUUUAUACGAAACUGUGUUUAGCUACCUUAAAGGAAAUAAAACAUUUCUGUAUGCUACUUUGUAAUGCUUAGAUGCAAAGAGGACAAAAUUACAAACAUUUUGGUGUAUGCAGCAUUCAAUAUAGUCAAGAAAUGGCCGAGAAAUUGGUAUUUUAGUACGACAUGUCCAAGACAUUGACUGACCCAACAAACAAGACUGAACAGUCAAGAAUUCAGAACUGACCAUCAACUCACAUUAUCUCAUUUUAUCUAAUAAAAAGAACACCGUGAAUUGAACUGCAUGUGUGAAUAUUGAUGACAUGCUUCAGUACAUAUUAAAUAAUUCCUCCAACUACACAUUCUGUUGUUUUAGAUUUACAUUUGUUGAAUUAUGAACACAUGAGUGAUGAUUCUAUGUGAAAUUGUGUUGAAAUAAAAGAAUGCCUCAAAUGUCCAUAGAGUGUCAUCACACACAUACAUGUAUAUACACAUACACAUACAUGUAUAUACAUGUACAUAUACAUAUACAUAUAUAUAUAUAUAUAUAUAUAUAUAUAUAUAUAUUGAUUGAUUGAUUGAUUGAUUGAUGACAUGCUAUGACGUCACAAUGCAAAUGCAUUGAUGAUGUCACAAUAUACAUGACGUCAUAAUCACAUACAUGUAUCAUCACAAUGUAAACAAUCAUGAAUGAGGGACUAUGCUGUUAAAUGAUUUUCAACAUGCCUAGAACUGAUAGACACAGGCAAGGCAAAAAGAAGAAAACACGCAAGACUACAUUUCUAAAGGGACACCUACCUUGGAAUAAGGAUCAGCAGCCUAUCAGCAGUGUUCCUUGCACAGAGUCCACCUCUGUCAAUAUCCCUGUGUGUCGUCCGGAGAAAGCAAUCUAUGACGCUUCAAUUCUAAAGUAUGAGGGUCCUCCAAAUACCCUUCCAGGAAAGCUAAGACCUAAACAUGAAAGAAAAGAGGAUGAACCGUUAGACAAUUCAUCAGAAAAUAUAAUUGUUAACUUCUGUAAGUUAAAAGAAUUCAUUAAAUCAAGCAUUAGCCAUAACUGCAGGCGACAAGACAGUUUCAAUGUGGCAAUUGCUAAGCGAAAAGGAUUGUGUGUAUGUCUGCAGGCGAGCUGCACAAACUGUGGUUUUGAUACCGGUGUGCAUAAACUGUACACCGAGUGUACAAGCAAAAAAAGAGGUCCCGCCGCAGGCUGCUUAAAUGAAGGCCUCUCUAUGGCCACCGUUAAAUCCAAAAUGGGAGGAACUGACGUUCAGAUGUUAAUGGCUUGUCUUGAUAUUCGUGCUCCCAGUUUAACUAUAAUCAACAACAAAAUCAAUAAGCAAUGUGAAAAAAUGAUAGAACUAAAUGAAAAAUCCAUGGUUGAGAAUCAGAAGUUUGCCGGCCAAGUGGCAACCUUCAUCGGAGAGGGAAACAACAUUGAUGUCGAAACGGACACGUGCUUCAACAACCGUAACCAAACUGGGUACGAAGCCGGCACGCAAUCAUUCUGUCCGGUGAUUGAGAAGACAACUGGUCUUAACCUCCCAAUUGCAAUGGCCACUGCGAGCAAACUGUGUUCAAAAAUAAACAUGUGCACCCAUGAGAACAACAAAUGUUCACUGACCUACAACCCUGAUGAGUCUAUCUCCUCCAGUGAAUCAAAACUGACCACUAAAAACUUGCAAAAGAUUCAUGAUCUCAAAAUUGUAUCCAUAAAAUCCUUAACUAGUGAUGCAAGCUCUCAAAUCAGCAAGGUUGUUAGAGAAGUUGGGAAAAAAAAUGAAAUCGUUAUCAAGUACUUCCAAUGUUUUGUUCACCGACUACGCACAAUUCAGAAAAAAGUGAAAUCCAUACAGUUCUUUAAACUCCCGGCCGGUUACGAUCAAGACAUCUUUCGCCAAAAAUUGGCAACAUGUAUCCGGUCGAGAGUGAGACUCGAACUAGUCAGGAUUAAAAAGAAGUACCCAGCAGAGGGGGCUUUUGUGACCAGGGCACUGAUGGCUAUGAAGAACAUUGUGACAUGCUUCAGUGGAUCUCACACUUAUUGUGCAGAGAGAUCCCUGGCCUGCAAUGCUCACCUGGAGUCCUUCAGUACUCAGUAUCUUCCAUAUGGAAGUUACUUAAGUCUGGUCACAGAAGACCGCCGCAAGCUGGAAUCGUACGACAUGUCCAAGACAUUGACUGACCCAACAAACAAGACUGAACAGUCAAGAAUUCAGAACUGA